GACCCGAGACCACUUUGUUCGACGUCAACCAAGGACACCAGUACCUCGUCAUUCGUUCAUCAAUUGUCAACUGUCAACCACUGUCCUUUUCGAUCUCUACCUUUUUGAAGCACGCACAAUGGUCUCCCUCAUCGACAAACUCCGCUCCCAACUCGAAGUCUGGCGUCUCGAGCGUCGUUAUGUAACGAAGCACGCGAAGCGUAACCGUCAGUCACAAUACAUCUACGAAGACGGCCACUACAUCUCGAACCCGAAACUCAAGGACGGGCCGAUUGUGAGGGCGAAGGAAGUUACGGGGACAACGAAGUCGAAGAGGAGGGUGUUUGCCUAAAUCUGGUUCCGGGAAAACUGCAUAGUUGGAUGUGCACGUUUGGUUUUUGGCAACGGUGUCGGG